AUGGGCGAUGAUAUCAGCAAUGAGAGCGACAAAGACAGUCUAUUUUGCGAAGCCAAACAAAUUCACAUUGCUUCAGAGUUUGCUCAAAGGAUGAUGAAUAGCACGAUCAAUACCGUUAGUGACAGUGGGAAUAAUGGAAGAGUGCUGAUGCAGCUCCGCUGGAUGGAGUUGCGCGUCGCGGGGGAACCUAAAACUUCAAAGCAAUCCGAGGCUUAG